AUGUCUACUCACCCGGUCCUUGAUAUACCGGACGACGCGCGACGGGUUUUUGAGACACUCAAAAAAGGAGGGAUCGCCAUUAUUCCAGCCACCGUCGGGUAUGGGAUUGUGGCAAUAACUCCAGAGGCUCUGCAACGUAUUUUCAUAACCAAGCAGCGUCAGCCGCACAAACGGCAUGCGAUGAUCGGGAGUUAUGCUCUUCAUCAAGCUCUCCAUGUCCUGCCUUCUCGCGAGGCGGAGAUGGUGAGACUAUUGACAGUUGACCUGGAUCUUCCUCUCGGUGUUGUUGCGCCCUUCCGGGCCGAUCAUCCUAUUAUUCAAAAAUUACCCCCUGACACUCUAGCACAGAGCACAGUGGACGGGAAACUGGCAAUGCUGGUUAACGGAGGCCUAUUUCAGGACGAGCUAUCGCGAAUGACCGCUGACGAAGAGCUUCCUCUCAUUGGAUCAUCCGCCAAUCUUACGGGAAAGGGCACUAAGCGAGCAGUGGAGGACAUAGAGCCUGAAAUUCUCGCAGUCGCCGAUAUCAUAAUUGAUUACGGAUGUCAGAAAUUUCACUACCCGCGACCUUCAUCUACAAUGAUUGAUUUUCAGAACAUGAGACUUUUGCGGUACGGGGCGUGCUAUGAUGUGGUGCAGGAUGCUUUAUGGCGCUUCUACAGCAUCCGAUUAUCCUGUGAUCCGGGUGGCGGAGUUUUGUUCUCUGGCCACCUAGAGUUUCAUGAAAAGGAUUAA